CAAACUCGCUCGUCAGCACCACCUCCUCUCUAAUCGCGAGAAGUUGAAAAACCCAAAUCCCCAAUCUGCAACCCUCGAUCAACCCUCCCAUGGUUUCUCCGGCAACCGCCUCUCAAAUUGAGGGAGCGCCUCCACAGCCGGAUCUUUCGAAUGUAGAGAAGCAGACGCAGUCUGCGGUGGAUGCGGCUUCUAGGCCACCGGAAUCUGCCGAUAAGAAUGGAGGCGCUGCGGCUGAGCAGCAAGCGGCGUCCGCGGCAUCGGCCGCUAUACCUAAGUGGCCAGGGUGGCCCGGGGAUAACGUUUUCAGGCUCGUAGUUCCGGUUCUUAAGGUGGGCAGCAUAAUUGGGCGUAAGGGCGAGUUCGUGAAGAAGAUGUGUGAGGAAAGCCGAGCUCGCAUUCGUAUCCUGGAAGCCCCGAUUGGGAACCCAGAUCGGAUUGUUCUAAUUACUGCAAGAGAAGAUCCCGAUCUACCACUAUCUCCUGCCAUGGAUGGAACACUGAGAGUAUUCAAACGUGUUUCUGGAUUGUCUCCUACAGAGGAAGGUGGUGCAGAUUCUGCAGCUGCCAUGACUGCAUUCAGUUCAAUUAAAUUAUUGGUGGCUGCUUCACAAGCUGCUCACUUGAUAGGGAAGCAAGGGUCCACAAUCAAAUCGAUACAAGAAAACUUUGGCGCCUCGGUGCGGGUUUUACCUGAAGAUGAAUCGCCGCCAUUUGCUGCUCCUGAUGAGAGAAUUGUUGAUAUUCAUGGUGAGGCGCAGAAGGUUCUCAAAGCUUUGGAGGCAAUAUUAGGACAAUUAAGGAAGUUUUUGGUUGAUCACACUGUUUUGCCUAUAUUUGAGAAGCCUCAAGAAUCAACUGUUCCUCAAGAUCGCCCAUCUGAGCCCUGGAUGGAAAUGCCCCGGGCCCCAUAUCUACCUACUUCUGUUCCCUCACGAACAACUCAAUCUCUUUCUGAGUAUUCACUUCCCAUGAAACGGGAUCCUUAUUCACUUGAUCUGGAUACCUCAUUGGACGCCAAGCUUCAACGCUCUUCAGUUUCGCUCUUUGGACAAGAUCCUGCACUUCAUGGAUUACCCUCUUCUGUAUCUUUACGGACUGCUCCAGUUGUUACUCAGAUGACAAAGAUAAUGCAAGUGCCCCUAUCAUAUGCUGAGGAUAUUAUUGGUAUAAGUGGAACAAAUAUUGCACAUAUCCGUCGCACUAGUGGGGCAAUUCUUAGCAUACAAGAAAGCAGAGGCUCACCUGAUGAAAUUACUAUUGAAAUUAAAGGGGCAUCACCUCAAGUUCAAACGGCUGAGCAGCUUAUUCAGGAAUUUAUUAACAAGCGCAAGGAACCAGCACCAAGCAUAUAUGGCACAACAGAUACCGGACUUUCCUCAUUCUCACGUUAUGGAGAGUAUCCCUCGUCGUCCUCAUAUCAGUCUCAGCAGCCCUUAGGAGGGGCAGGAGUUGUGUAUGAAUCCUCUAGCCUGGGAGGCUAUGGCGGCUACAGGUAUUGAGUGGUCUGCUUCUCGGGGCAUUUGACCAAUGGUUGGCUGUAUCUAUACCUACUACUAUAAAUGCUUCCUGUGGGGUUUUGUAUGAUGUUGAAGCUAACUCAUUCUAAAAGAAACAAUAAUUUAGGCAAGAGAUUUUAGCACAAUAGCGUGACAAUUCGUGGUUUAUGUUCGUUUCAUUUCCUUCAAAUCUAUUUCCAAUGUACUUUUUUAUAAUGCCCGCUCGAUGUGUGUGCUAUAAUUGGUGUGCUAUUAGAACUUUCGUUUUUCUUGUUCAUUACAUAGUUUUCUAGUUGUUGGUUUUGUUGACUCUUUGACCUCAUGUAGGAUUGGGGCAAAUACGUUUUACUCCGUAUACUGUCGUAUAUUGUAAUAUGUUCUUUCAUGUCUAGACGAGAUUUAUUUUUGAUUGAUAUAUUUUUGUCUGAGUUUUAUUUUUGUUACCCCUAAGGUUUAUAAGGUUUUUGAUACUGUGCCAAUGACUAAAAUAAACUGUAGUAGGUUUA